AUGCUUUAUCAAAAUGGUUUUUUACGAACAAUACCAAGUAAUAUGUUCAAUGCUACAGAAGUUUUUGCAUAUACAAUUCACAAUGCAAAAAUAUAUGGACAUAUAUUUGGCUACAGAUGUCUAGCUACAUUUAAGCCACCUAUGCGAUAA